UUUAAAACUGUUGUUAGACGACUGAGACCUUUAAAAAGUUAUUUUAAAAUCAAGGACAUCAAAUUUUGGGAAAAAAGUUGAGUUGAGGAUUGCCAAAGUGUUAAUUUUGAAGAUUCCAACUUCACUCUCUCCAUUGAUUGUUUUGAUAAUAAUCAAGUCGUUCGACAGCUUCCUAUCGUUGCCACCCACACAUCUUUAAAAGGCUGACGCAACGUGUUAGGAGGUAUUUCCCAGGUGAUCGUUCGCGUAAAAUCUUUUACUAUACCCAUUCACCCUUUAGCUGAUGCUCACAGUAAGUAGAUCGAAGUGGUCAAGUGAUCGUUCAACGAUUAUCCACUAACAUUGGUUUCUCGCAGUUGUACAAGUUUGACAUUGUAUUGAGUCGAUUAAAACACUGGUUGAACUUCAGUCGUCAUACUAUGGGCGGUUUACAAUUCACGUAACGAUAUCGCCAUUAGGAUAUACGCUGUCGAGGCGCGGAAUCCCAAACAGAUAGAAAAUCCCCUUCGACUAGCGUAACCAACCAGUUUAGGUGAUUCAUAUUACCGGCUGCUGUAUCAGAAAGGUAAUUCUAGUUUCACAGAAUCAUUCGCAAUGCAGUAGCGGGUCAGAACGGAGCCUAAAUCACACUUAUCUGCUAAUCGAACGAACAACAAAUUCAAAGAUUUAAAUAAGCCAUACUUACGGUGCCAAAACUUUAGGAAGGAUGAGCAAAUUGUUGCGUUUUGCGGUACUUCGGGUCAACGGAAACAGCUUUAAUCGGACGCUCAGUUCCAAGGCAACCCCGGUUCAGCUUGACCCGCCAUCGACUGCGACGAAACGCAUAUGGCAGCUCCUGUUCGGAAAGUACCUUCUCGUGACCAAUACCAUCAGUUCGGGGCUGCUGAUGGCGGUCGGUGAUAUUGCCGCUCAGGAAAUCGAACAGCGGCGACACGGAACCGAGGACCAGCCGUAUAACUGGGUGCGAUUAGGUCAAAUGACGCUGAUUGGAUUCGCGCAGGGUCCCAUGCAUCACUUCCUCUACAAAUGGAUGGAUCGAUUCCUGCCAAAGUCCGACACCCGAACAGUAUUCAAAAAAAUUGGCAUCGACCAGUUUGUGUAUUCGCCUAUUUUCAUUGUCAGCUAUCUGUACAGUGCCGGCCUUCUUGAAGGAAACAGCAUACAGGAAUGCACCGACGAGCUGACGGAUAAAUUCAGCACCAUCUACACCGCCGACUGGAUGGUGUGGCCACCGACGCAGUUUAUCAACUUCUAUCUCAUUAGUCCCAAGUAUCGAGUAUUGUACAUUAACGCCAUCACGACGCUCUACAACGUGUUCAUCUGUUAUGUCAAGCACAAUGACGAUCUGCGGAUAGCACCAACUUUGGGAAAGAAACAGUAGACGAACAUAUAGGAAAACUAAAGGACAAACCUGAAAUUGUAUGUAGAAAUUUGGAAAAUUAGCUGAUAGUUAUGUGUACGCAUAAGAGAAGCAGUGUAUAUACAUAUAUGCCAAACAUUGGAGAAACAACAAGUAUUUAAUAAUUUAUUGAAAAAAAGUGCUGAAGUCACUAGGGAUAAUGAAACAUGUUUAAAACAUGUUUUCUUAAAAAAGAUAAACCAUUCACACACAGGACGCUUGUUUAACAUUCGCUCCCCUAAUGGUUUUUCUUUUGGUUCUCGUCAUAAGUAGCCGAAAUGAUUGAUGUUUCAAAAAAGGUAAUACUUUAUUGCUUGCAUAUCCUUGUGAUAUUACCUACUGUGUUGGCGUUCGAAAUCUUUGCUUAAUUAUUUUUCGUUGUUGUCUUCUUGCAUAACCUUCGUUUUGGACCAUAAAUUUUAAUCUUAUAGACUAGAUAUGUAAGUUUUUGUUGUUGUUAUUAUUGUGAUUAUCAUUUUCAGAACCAUCCGAACGUGGUUGGAAUGUUUCUAUGGCAAGUAGAGACUAUUUGUUCACAAAGUAAUAAACAUAGUAGCUUAAUAAAUGGAAAGCU